GCUGAGAACAAGUCAGAACUCCUUUGCACGGCCAUCCAUCCUCAUCCGUUCUUGUCAUGGUGUCAAACUGUAACGACAUGACGGUGGCCGACUUGGCCCGAAUCCUUUGUGACUGUCCGUGCUGUCAAGGGGUGUGUGAAGCAUGCGGACUGGUGCAGGACAUCCAGCGUCAGGUCCAGCGCCUGUCCGGCCAGAAAAAGAAUCACCUGGUGGUGGCACAAAAGUCCAUGAUUGUCUGCGGUCGCCGUGGUCCCGUCUGCCAUCAGCUUCAGUUUACCAUCGCGGAUUUCAACAACGACCUGAAGAAAGGGGGGCGGAAGCCCCGGCUGGGCUUUCCCGGUCUCGUCACCCUCGUGAGAGUCAUCAACCGGAAGAAGUUCAAAAGGAUGCUCAACCGGGAGCUCAUUCAGUUCAGCGAAUCUUCCAAGUCGGGGAACCAGAUUUCCGAGUUCAUCUGCUCUACCUUCCUCGAUAAGCAGCAGGAGUUGGACUUGCCGUCGCUGCGGAUCCCGGAGGAGGAGGGGGAGAGUGUGGGGGAGGAGAAGGAAAAGAUGAAGGGAGUGAGAGAAGUGGAAGGUGGCGAAGGUGGUACGGGACCCGGGACGGGGACUCGGAUGAACCAGGUUCCCGGCAUCAAACCCCUGUCCAUCACCCAAACCAACUCGAUCGUGACCCUACAAAAACUGCCCCGCUUCGGAGUGGAGACCCCCCACGAAUCCGCCCUCGCCGACCUGAUGAGUCGAAACCUGAACGAUUGGGGGCUGGACAUCUUCCAGGUCUCCAGUCUCACUGGUGGCCGACCUCUCACCGCCGUUACUUACACCAUACUCGAGCAACGGGACCUACUGAAGACAUUCAAGAUCCCAGGGAAGACGCUCAUUGCGUUCCUCAUGACACUAGAGGACCACUACCAAAAGAUCCCAUACCACAACAACCUCCAUGCGGCUGAUGUCACCCAGUCCAUCCACUACCUCCUCAACUCCAAUGCCCUUCAGUCGGUAUUCACACCACUGGAGACCCUUGCAGCCAUCUUUGCUGGUGCAAUACAUGACGUUGACCAUCCUGGAGUCACCAAUCAGUUCCUCAUAAAUACAAGUUCGGAGCUGGCCAUCAUGUAUAAUGAUGAGAGUGUGCUGGAGAACCAUCACCUGGCUGUGGCCUUCAAGAUCCUUCAGAAUCCAGAGCUGGACAUCUUAGCCAGCCUCAACAAGAAACAGAGACAGACUCUGAGGAAAAUGACUAUUGACAUGGUGCUGGCAACAGACAUGUCAAAGCACAUGUGCCUCUUAGCUGAUCUCAAGACCAUGGUGGAAACAAAGAAGGUGGCCGGGUCUGGUGUCCUUCUCCUCGAUAACUAUACAGAUCGCAUUCAGGUGCUGCAGAACAUGGUGCACUGUGCUGACCUGAGCAACCCAACCAAGCCAAUGGCAUUAUACUCUCGCUGGGUGGACUUGCUCCUUGAGGAAUUCCAUCUCCAGGGUGACAAAGAACGCCAACUCAGCAUGGAAAUCAGUCCCAUGUGUGAUCGAUUCAACGCCACUGUUGAAAAGUCCCAGGUUGGAUUCAUUGACUACAUUGCCCACCCACUGUGGGAGACUUGGGGUGACCUGGUGCAUCCAGAUGCUCAGAACAUCUUGGACAAUCUGGAGGAAAAUCGACACGCAUACAGCAUAAUGAUUCCGUCAUCACCGACGUCCACUGUCAGUGGUUCCCACGAGCUCAGCAGCGAGAACCAGCCACCAUCGUUGGAGUCCCAGAGGAUGGACCGCAAGUCCCCCGUCAAGAUCACGGUCGGUCAUGCCGAUCAAGGUGCCAACACUAACAAUCAAUGAUCCGUGACUCCUGGGUCUCGAUCUUCACGUUCCAAAGCCCUUGCCCUUUGAAGGACCUCAAAGGACCAUGCCCUCGUGGAUCGAGCGGCGCCUUUCGCGUGUGCUUUCAAAACUACUCCCCCUGCUUCGUGGAGAGAGACACAAAAGAAGAAAGUAUUCUCCUUUUUUUAUUUGUAUCAUCUCCUGCUCUCUCUUUCUGUCUCCAUCGACCCAACCUUUUUGACCGUGAUUUGUUGGAGGGUUCUCUCCAUGAGCGUGCCUCAGUGAGUUUCACUUGUGAUGAUGGGUUCUGGAGAAAAAAUCUAGAGAGAUCCUCCUACGUUGCUCUUUCCAUUCUGAAUGAAUGUCAGAUUUGUCUGGAGAGGGAGAGAGAAAAAAAUUUGACCAAAAAAAUUGUAUCAUCUGUCCCCCCCAUCCAGUAUGAAGAUUGUGAAUUUAUUUUUCUGCCGGUGAGGAGUGUCAUGCCUGACUCCCGUGGAGUUUCUUUAGCUAAAUUUGUCAUGAAAAGAUUUUUUCAUGCUUCUUGGUAAUGUGAGAGAGUGCAUGAGGAAAGAAAGCCAGGCAUAUCAUAAUUAUAACCCUCUUAUGACUGGAAAAGAGAAAGAGGCAACAAUAAAACAGGGAGGAUGCAGAGAAUUACGGUUGAUAUAUUGUUUGUUAUCCGAAUGUUUUCUUUUUCUUUUUUUCCUUCCAAGAGAAAAAGAAUAAAUUCACUUUUCAUGAAUCCCACACAAUGAGUUUCAUCUUGUCACCAUCAUCUUUGAUCACUUCUGGUCUGGAGUCCACCAGGGGAAUGUG